AACAAACUGUUAUUAUUCCUUAAUAACACUUUUAUAUCACAAUUUAAAGACAGGAAUGCGCUUAGCUGUCUUUGUUAAAGCAGGUGCAGCUCUUUGUCACCAAAGUCGAGGCAGGGUUAAUGAGUAGGAAACGGAAAUUACUGUAAAAAGAUGGAUUAUUUCGCAUGUAUAACCAAUACUUAAGCACCUGUCAUCUUUCUAAGAAUACUGCCAUUACUUUUAAAGCUCUGCAGUGUUUGGAUGAAGUGACCAUGAAGCAGGACAGUGAUGCUGUGAACGUCCCCGCAUGUUUCAUAUCAAGCCAUGAGGGUUUUCUAGGAAGUAUCAAAACCUUUAUCAGAGACUUUGUGGUGACUGAGAUAGACGUCAAUGGACAGCAGGUUAAUAAAGCAGCAGCAACAGAGACCUCAGGCUGUGCCUCUUCAUGUAAAAACAGUGAGCCCGCUGCAGAAUGUAAGGACAAUAAUCACUCAUCUGUCUCACAUGAUGCAGAUGUCUCUGAUUUUGGGGUAGAUGUUUCCCUGCCUAGUCCAGGCAGUUUUGAUCUGGGUGUGAUUUUAGGCCAGUCGGUCAGCGAUGAGCUGGAGCAGUUUGUGUUGACGCUCAAAGAUGAAAAGCCAACCAAGCAGGAGUUGUCUCUGGGGUCCUUCACCGACAAACACCACCGAGCUAACGUCCACCGGGCCGUCCGACACCGCUUCCCCUUCCUCAUGACCGUCACCAUUCAGCCCGAGAUCAGGGUGCGGGAGGACCCAGACUACAGGGAGCUCUCCCAGCUGGUCACAGAGGACGAAGCCGAGGACUUCUUCAGGUUCAUAGACGCCAAAGUGCGCGGGUCGUCCUACACGUUUGGACCCGACGACAACAAAGAGCACAGGACGGCAGUCCACCACUUCCUGAGCCGCAGGUUCGGGAAGCUGGUGGAGACGAAAAGCUUCAGCGAUCAGGGGAGCACGGCGAUCUCGGUGAGGCUGAGGGAGCGAGGGAGGCCAAAGAAGAGAAGCGCAGAGGAACGUAAGGAAGAAGAAGUUUACACUGCCUUCACUCUGUGUAAGGAGAACCUGGAGACUCUGGAGGCCAUCAGCUACAUGGCAGCGGCUCUCGGGGUCCUACCGUCAGAUUUCACCUACGCUGGGAUCAAGGAUAAGAGAGCCAUCACCUACCAGUCCAUGGUAGUCAAGAAGGUCUCACCUCAACGCUUGAAGGAGAAGACAGCAGAGUUCGAGAAGAGAGGGAUGCGUCUGUCUCAGGUCCGCUCUGUCAGCGAGCCUCUCCGGCUCGGACGACUGCAGGGGAACCACUUUGACCUGGUGGUCCGCGACCUGAGACCACACGGGGCCGGUGACGCACACCCGUCCGGCGUCGGACACACUCGCCUGGCAGCGCUGGUAAAGGAAGCAGUGGAAAAUGUCAAGGCCAGAGGUUUUGUCAACUACUAUGGACCACAGAGGUUUGGGAGUGGACAGAGCAUCCAGUCUGACAGAGUAGGACUGGCUUUACUCAAAGAAGACAUGGUGAGCGCUGUGCGUCUCUUCUUCACUCCAGAGGAAGGCGAUGAUCCUCAGAGCCAAGCGAAGAGGCACUUCCUCCAGACAGAUAACGCUAAGGAGUCUUUGGCUUUGAUGCCGCUGUCUAAGGCCAGGGAGCGGCUGAUGCUGCGGGCCAUGAACCGCUACGGCACAGGUCCAGAUGGCUGUGCCCAGGCCUGGCUCAGCCUGCCCCACAGCAUGAGAGUCUUCUACCCACACGCCUACUGUAGCAGAGUGUGGAACGAGGCGGUGGCUCACAGGUUGGCUACACUGGGCCACAGUGCCAGGCGAGGAGACCUCGUGUGGAUGCAGGAAGGGCAAAACAGAACAGAGGACGCUGGAGAAACCAACUCUGCUCAGAUCCACGUUGUGACAGACCAAGAGGAGCAGGGGGGAGUCUACACACUGGGACAAGUGUUACUGCCGAUGCCUGGGAAUACGGUGAAAUAUCCAGAAAACGCCAUGGGGACCUGGUACCAGGAGAGGCUGGCCAGAGACGGGCUGGACAACUGCCGCUUCAGAGUCGGCAGCCUCAAACUGAACCUGCCUGGCUGCUACCGCCCCCUGCUGGCCCUGCCGCGCAACCUCAGCUACCAGCUCCACAGAGCAGCCUGCGGGGAGGGAGGAGGAGGAGGAGGAGACGUGACAGGAGAGAGGAAGCAGGACUCACUCACUCUCACCUUAAGCUUUGACCUAGACUCCUCCUGCUAUGCUACCAUCUGCCUCAGAGAGAUCAUGAAGUGUGACCUGUAGGUCAAGGGGCUUGUCCCUGUUGUGUUUGUGUAUACUUGUGUGGAAAAGAGGCAGCUUUUUGUAACCUACCAACUCCGUUUUGUAACUUGACUCUACAGUGAUUGUGAUACAGUAUCAGUAGCACUUUAGUUUGUUGUUGCAGUACUGAACAGAAGACUGUGGUUAAACAUAGAGAAAAAGCAUAAUGUGCAGUUGAUAAAUCUUCUAAUAAAAAGGGGGCCACUGCCAAAUAUGAACAUACAUAAAAAGCAUGUAAAAGCAUGUAAACAGUAUUUGUGUUUUGUGCCAUUUAUUAAACUUUCUGACCAUACGAGAUAAA